AUGAGUUUUACAAAUAAAGUUGUGUUGGUUAUCGGUGGUAGCUCAGGUAUUGGAGCAGCCACAGCCAAACAAUUCUGCAAACAGGGAGCUGACGUUGCUAUCGUUGGUCGUAAUGAAAAGAAAUUACAAAAAGUCGAUGAAGAAUGCAAGAAACUCGGUAAAUCUCCGUUAAUUAUCAAUGCAGAUAUAUCGAAAGACAGUGGAGCAUUUGCUGCCGUUGAUGAAACCGUCAAGAAAUUUGGUAAAAUAGACAUACUCAUCAACAACGCUGGCAUAUUACGUUUUGGAUGCAUCCUUGACGGGAAUUUAAUGAAAUCUUACGAUGAGGUAAUAAAUGUUAAUUUACGAGGAAUCAUGAAUGUAACUUCGCUCGCUGCGCCUCACAUCAUCAAAACAAAAGGUAAUAUUAUAAUGAUUUCGAGUAUAUCUGGGAGUGAAACACCUAAAAUUCCCAUCAUUACCGCGUACGCAGUUUCAAAGGCUGGCCUAAACCAAUUCACGAAAGCGACUGCUGUUGAACUAGCUCCACAUGGAGUUAGAGUCAAUUCCCUUAGUCCGGGACCAGUCUAUACGGAUAUUCUGGAAAUUGCGAAUGUUCCAGCUGACAUUUUAUCUAACUUAACAAACAUAAAAACCGCCCUGAACAGAAUAUCAAAUCCUGAUGAAAUUGCUGAAAUGAUCUUAUAUAUUUCGAGCGAUAAAUGUGUAGGUGUUACGGGAUCUAAUUUCGUAUGUGACAAUGGUACUACUUUGAUGUGAAAGUGUACCUAGGAUUGGGGUGUGAUUUGAUUUUGUAUAAUUAUUAUGAG